GGUCCGCUGCAGUUGGCCCUCUGCGCAUCCAAUGACUACAUACGUCACAAGAAAGAAGAAAAAAAUAAGUAAAAUCCUGAUAAACCGCAACUCUUCUUGAAUUACAAGUGAAAGUACUGAAACUUCAACGCAUGAUGUCCAUCAAAACUUCAAUGAACUAUGACAUCAUUCGGUCAGGUUUCUGGGCCUAGCUUCGCUAAUUUAACCUGAUUUGCUAGUCGCUAACAAAGAGACGCGUUUAGUCGCUCAGCAGAGAUCAAAUGUAAAGUGUUGCGAUUGUGGUGUGAAAAUGUCUGCAAAGGGGACAGAAGAGUACAAAGAGAAACCAUCUGGAGCAAAAGAAGACAACGUCGCUGUUUCCGAGAAGCCUCAAAUUGGCUCACUCAGAGCAGACGUCAGUGAAGAUGUUCAUCCUCAAAUUAAAGAGGAGGAUGAAGAGAUCCCCCACCUGAAAGAGGAAGAGGAGCAGCAAUCCCCUUAUUUUAUAAAAGAGGAGGUGACAGAGAACCCUUGCAUGAAAAAGGAGGUAGAAGAGCCCCCGUACAUCAAAGAGGAGAAGGAGGAACAGGAUAUCUGCAAGUUGCCUUCGACUAAUGUCUGUUUAAAGAGUAAAGAUCAAGGUCAGAGUGAGGAGACCAGAGGGGCGGAGCCUCCAAGUUGUAACUCAUGUCAACGCAUGAUAACAGAGGGUGAUGGAGACCGAUGUGAAGGAUCACAAGCAGAUGUCCUCCUGCCCCCAAUAUCAGAUAGUGAUGACAUGUCAUCACACGCUCCUUACGCUGCUGAUGAUGAUGAUGAUGAAGAGUCUGAAGGUGAUAUGUCAUGUCACCCUGAAAAUGAAUGCCGGAAAUGUUCUCAGUGUGGGAACGCCUGUGCUUCUAACAGCUGUUUAAAAGACACCAGAGAGAAACCUUUUGCCUGCUCAGACUGUGUUCAAAGGCUCUGUCAGAAGGGAAUCUUAAGAAGACACAUAAGAACACACACUGGUGAGAAACCUUUUUCCUGCACUGACUGUGGCCAAAGAUUCUCUCGCAAGACAAGCUUAAAAAUACACACACGAAUACACACUGGGGAGAAACCUUUUGCCUGCACUGACUGUGGUCAACGAUUCUCUCGUAAAACAAGUUUAAAAAUACACACAAGAACACACACUGGUGAGAAACCUUUUGCCUGUUCUGAUUGUGGGCAACGAUUUUCUCAUAGGUCACACUUAAAAAUACACACAAGAACACACACUGGUGAGAAACCAUUUUCCUGCUCAGAUUGUGGUAAACGAUUCUCUAAAAAGGGACACUUGACAGAACACACAAGAACCCACACUGGCGAGAAACCAUUUGCUUGUACAGAUUGUCGGCUCUAA